CACUCUGAGACCUUAUAUAGACAGUUGUCUACCUUUCCAAAUCAUGUCGAAUCAACUGAAUUUACCACAGGUAGAAUCAAGGUGUAGAAAACGUAUCAAAGAUGAUGAAGAGAAUUUGGAGGCACCUGAGCUAAAUUAUUCAUAGCAAAGGGUCUGAAUGUGUAAAAUCCUGUUUUUGCUUUGUUAUUAUGGGAUAAUUGGUGUAUAUUGAUGAGGGAAAACAAUUAAUUUAAACAAUUUUAGCUAAAUUUUAAAAUAAGGGCUGCAACAUAACAAAAAUUGAGAAAAGUUAAGGGGUCUGAAUUAAUUAUUUAUUAAUAGAAACCAAAUUCUACUGAAAGCCAAAAUUAUUUUGAUUUUAAGAUAUUUACAGGCUUUAAGAACUGUAUCAGUACCUCAUCAGAAAAGUAUUGUUACUUUUUACUGAAUAUUUUCUGAUUUGUGAACUCUUACAUCAUGACUAAAUUGACUUGUCCUGGAUUAAUGACUUUUUAAAAGUCAUCCAGAACUAAUGAAGUGUCUGACACGCCUCCCCCCAGAGGAAACUGAAGCACCUGCCAACCAGUUACAGAGCCUACAUAAAAGCAUUGGCUUACCAUGACAGCACACACUCCAAUCCCCUGGAACUAAGCUCCAUAACACUCUCACUGCAAGUAUGCUGGACUCGUCCCAGAAUCGGGCAAUGGUGCCAGUGAAUGAGAGCUCGGGGCAAAAGGAAAGGGGCCAGUGGGAAAACAAAACAGAAUUUCUUCUCACCGUGGCUGGUGCCAUCGUAGGUCUGGGCAACAUUUGGCGAUUUCCGUAUCUAUGCUACAAGAAUGGUGGAGGUGCAUUUCUAGUUCCAUACUUCCUAUACUUGGUGACAUGUGGUAUACCCCUGUUUGUACUGGAGACUGCACUUGGCCAGUAUACCAGCCAAGGUGGCAUCACCUGCUGGAAAAAGACCUGUCCUCUGUUUGAGGGCAUGGGAUAUGCCAGUCAGAUCAUCAUUCUGUAUGGUUCCGUCACUUACAUCGUGAUCCUGGCAUGGGCAUUCCUCUACCUAUUCUCAUCCUUCAGUUAUGAGCUGCCCUGGGCCAGCUGUAAAAAUGAGUGGAAUACAGAUAGUUGUGUCCAUUUUGGUAACAACUCCAAUUGGACUUCACCUACAAACAGCUCAUCUUCCAUCAUGGAAUUUUGGCGGUACAAAGUUCUUAAGCUUUCCACUGGAAUUGACAAACUUGGAGGCAUUCAAUGGGAUCUAGCUCUUUGCCUUCUCUUGGCCUGGACCAUCGUUUACUUCUGUAUCUGGAAGGGAAUCAAGUCUACUGGCAAGGUUGCAUAUUUCACUGCAACAUUCCCCUAUGUCAUGAUGGUGGUGCUUUUUAUCCGUGGCAUCACUCUGCCUGGAGCUGCUGAUGGCAUCUUCUUUUACUUGAACCCAGUACCAGCUCGACUAGCAGAUCCACAGGUUUGGAUGGAUGCUGGGACACAAAUAUUUUUCUCAUACGCCAUAUGCCUUGGGUACUUAACGUCCCUGGGGAGUUACAACAAGUACAACAACGAUUGUUACAAAGAUUCCUUCUACCUUUGCAUCUUGAACAGUGGAACCAGCUUUGUGUCAGGCUUUGCUAUUUUCUCUGUACUGGGGUACAUGGCCAAGGUGCAAGGAGUUGACAUCUCUGUAGUAGCUGAGUCUGGUCCCGGGCUAGUGUUUAUAGUUUACCCUCAGGCUGUGACCUUGCUGCCCUGUCCACAACUCUGGGCCAUUUGUUUCUUCACCAUGAUCAUCCUUUUGGGUGUGGACAGCCAGUUUGCCGGAUUAGAGAGCGUCAUGACAUCGCUGACAGACAGGUUUCCUACCAUACUCAGGCAUAAGCACGGCAGGGAACUCUUCCUAUUGGGACUGUGCUCCCUCAGCUUCCUGUUUGGCCUAUUUAUGGUCACUGAGGUGACAUUUCUUUGUCUUUAUACAGCGUUUCAAGACAAAUGUAUGUGUACUAUGGUGAAGUUUGUGCAAGAGAGAUUUAUCUUUGUUCCCUUUUUCCUACAGGGUGGGCUUUACAUCCUACAGCUGUUUGACCACUAUGUCUGCAGUGGUCCCACGCUGCUCUUUCUGGCCAUUUGCCAGUCGGUGUGUAUAGGCUGGGUUUAUGGUGCUGAGCGCUUCUAUGGCAACCUUCAAAAUAUGAUUGGCUACAGGCCUUGGCCCUUUAUCAAGUACUGUUGGCUCUAUAUCACACCAACUAUUUGCAUAGGAACAUUUGCUUUCUCGCUGCUAAGGUAUAGCCCCCUGAAGUUCAACAACACUUAUAUUUACCCAUGGUGGGCGUAUGGGCUCGGCUGGUUCCUGGCAGCUUCCUCACUCUCUUUGAUCCCCCUGACGAUGCUCUACAGACUCUACUAUGCUAAAGGGACACUUAUGCAGCGUCUCCAGUUGCUCACCAGCCCUGCAGAUGAUCUGCCCAUGACCAGAGAGAUAGAAAGACGGCAUCACCCUACAUUGUGAAAGAGUUGUAAAUCAGAUUUAGAGUUAGACAGGAAUUAUUCUAACAUAUCUUUUUUUUUUUUUCACGUGUAAACUCUGUUAAAGUUGAGAGGAAUGUUGGAUGUUUACCCAGACUUGAUGUCUACAUGUACAUGUUAAUCUUUCAGAUUCUCUGUGAAAACCAUCUGUUCCAAAUAAUCGACACGGCACUGAUUAGUGUAACAUUUUGUCCCGGGUGGCUGCAUAUCCAUAUAGGAUGGGUACAUUGAUUAACACCCUCAGCCAGUCUCCCAGUUAAGGUACUUAAGCUCAGACUCUUCUUGACUAGUUAGAGAUGCUAGUGAAUGUUCCUGUGAAGCCAUACUCUCUCCACCUGCAGAUGCAAUGAUAAAGCCUUGUUUUCUGAUCAAUCACCAUUGCCUGACUGAGUCUCUAAGUCUGGUAGUGAGAAUUAAUAUCAAUUGUGACUGACGAUGGAAAGAGUACCAGUUUCUAUCAGUACAGACUUCCUUCAAUUGCUGUUUUUAUUUCUUGUAGCUUUAGGUGAUAUGGGUCUUAAUUUUAUGGUUUGACAUUAUCAUUUUUAGGGGUCCCAGCAGAUGGCACCCUAUUGUUUUUGAAAGGAUUACUGUUGUUUCUUUUUGCCAUAAAAGUGUCUGGGCAGCAACACAGUGUAUGCGUACAGGCACCAACAUUGUAUUUAGGUUCCUGACCAGGGAAAGAUUUCACAAAAUUGUACCUCCGUAAAUUACCUCCGCACGACUUCUUUGAGUGCCCACUCCAGCACCUUCGCACAAGUCUAGGGAGGCGCUAUAAUAAGCUUGUUUACAUUUUCUGCCAUUCAGUGCCUGUAGUUAAUUCUCGAAGGGAGGUGCCCUCCUUUGAGUGCCUACUUAAGCACCAAACGGUAGACCAAUCGACUAGACACUGAAAGGGGGGCUACAUCAGACACCGGAAGAAAUGAGAUGUAAAACACUGACUGUACAGUCAUUUUCUACAGUGUUUUUUAGAGUUUUUGAGAUAAACAGACACAGGUUUAUCUCUGUAGAGAUCCUUUCGAUGUGGUCAGACCCUUAUAAUAACAUUCUUGAGUGGCUUAUAUCACAGAAACCGCAGUGGUAAGAUAAAAACUUCUUUCUUGUAAUUUCCCAAAUGAAAUGGGCCUACAACUGCCAAUUUCCACCCCUAACAUUUCCUGCCAUUUCUCAAAUAGGGUGGGAAAACAAACUGGGCGUAGGCACUUAAUCCGAUUGUCACAAAAUUUGGCACCCCUCACCUCCAGACCGUGCUGAUAAAAAUGUGUGAACGGAAUUUUGACUUGUCAAACCGUUUAAAGUUAUGAAACUUCAAGGCAUGGCCCCUAUAGACUCUAUGGCCCAUGUAUUGUGAUGUAAACCACAUUCCUUGGAAGCACAUACAAUUGUGUGAAAUGUCAUCCAUAGAGGGCCCUAUAACUGAAACAUUGCAGUAUCUCAAGUACCACUUAAGCUAAAAAAAAACAUGUUAGCCUACCAAUUAGCUUGCUCAACAAAAAAGGCAGUCCAUAUUUGCUCGUGUGAAUAGCUUAUCUUCAUGAAAUUGAAUAGGCUUAUUCAUAAUUGCGCAAAGAAUGUGCCACAAAUCACUGUAAUGGUGCUUAAGGGGCUUGGGGGAACUCAAAAAAUACAUUGUUGUAUGUCAAGAACCGUUUAUGUUGUUCAAAUUGUGUUCAAAUUUCCUAAUAUUCCAUCUCUUACAGGUUAAAGUGUGUCCAAGUAAAAAAAGAUUGGAUAUUUUAUAUACAGUAUGCAGACAUUUUCAAAUCCUUUUCUUUUUUUCUUUUCUUUUUUUUAAACAGUUGAACUGUUUUUGUAAAUGUCAGAAAAAUGUUUUCAGUGCCAAAAUUACUUACUUCCUCUUAAUUCCUAACCUCCUUGUGCCACUUUCUUCUUCCACAUUUCUUGUAUCAGAUACAUUUUAAGUGAUUUUAAGUGAACAUGGUAAAACAGAUGUUACACAUAAUUACACACACUUAAACAAAAUUAUUCACCAAAGGGAAUUUUUUGUAAAAAUGUCAGAAACCUGUUUCAUGAUCAUGGGCAGUCCCACUUAGUCAGUACUAUUUUAUUAUAUAUGUAUGUUACCCUUACAUGUUUAGAGUUAACAAUACGGUAUAAAAGCAUUAAAAGCUAUCCAACA